GAUUGCUUGCUCAAAACAUUUUGCAUAUAACUUACGGUUGUUCCAGCUCUGUGCCCUCUAUUUGACCGUGACUCCCCGUUAUAAGUCUUUUGUAUCUAUAUCGGCAAAUUCAAAUCUACUGUAUACUUCACUUAUACCACUUUUCAAAUAAGUGUGUACCUAAGCAUAGCAGUUCUCAGUCAAAAUGCGGCAGACAGGGUUCUUCCAUCACAUUGGCUCGUUUCUGCUAUUAGCGGCUACGGUGCUGCUGAUUAUCACCGAUAUCUCAGCUCCUGUAGUGAACAGCAUUUCGAUGUUGAGAGUUAACCUCGAUGACCGCAAUACAUCACCAGGCGGCCCACCAGCUGUGACAUUCGGCACCUUCGGCUACUGCGUGAAGGACACUACGGCUUCCGGCCAGGACUUCUGCAGCCGGUCGCAUGUCGGCUAUGACCCAGCCACCAUCGUCCAGAAUAAUGUGCAGAAUGUGGACUUCUCGGACUAUGCGGCAGACACGUCUAAAGGCUUGACGCGCGUUAUGAUCUUGCACCCGAUCGCGACGGGACUGGCAUUCAUCUCAUUCCUUUUAGCGCUCGGUGCUGGGAUCGUCGGUGGCCUACUCGCAUCGCUGUUCUCGCUGCUCACCUUCAUCGUCACUCUUGUCGCGCUUGUUUGCGACUUUGUAUCGUUCGGUAUUAUCCGGUCUGAGGUCAAUAGCUCUGGUAACGGUAGCCACGCCGAGUGGGGUGCCGCGUCUUGGACUAUCCUCGUCUCUGCCAUCUGCAGCUUCCUCGCUACGUUUAUAGUCUUCUUUACAUGCUGCAGCGCCCGAAUGCAUAAACGCCGAGAUACCCGUUCCGGCGCCAAGGACGUUCCCGAGGGCUAUGGCGCCCCGGCACGUCGGAGGCGAUGGUGGUAAAUCAUAUUGGACUAUUCCGGAUCAUAUUAGAUGAUCCUGCUACAACGACAAACACAGACUCCGAUCGACUAAAAUCUGCAAAGCUUAACGACGAACUACGAUAAAAAGAAAAUGAACGAAGCGAAAGCGAAAGCGAAAGCGAAAGCGAAAGCGAAAGCGAAAGCGAAAGCGAAAGCGAAAACAUGAGACAAUUCUUGAUUUUCCGAUUAAUGAGAGCAAAUGUUGGCAAUUACGAAGAA